AUGCAUUUCAGAAGUCGCAUUAGCUUUGAUGGCAUUAUGACAGGAAGUGAACGCAUUCCUCUUGAAGGCCAGCAGUGCUCCACUGGUAUCAUCCAAAUGAGGAACUUUUGGGUCUCAAUGACGCGGGUCAACCGAUCGAUACAGCCAAAACGGCCACUGGGCCGUCCAAGGAGUCAAGUAAGCCAACCGUAUCGCUUAAGUGUGAAUAGAUUUGCCUGUUCAGACAUGAAAAAUCAGAUGCGUCGAGCAUGCGCUGGCGGAGUAAUGCUCGCCCCUUAUGUCAGAUGUCCGGAUUUCAAACCCUGGCACGGCUUGGGAUAUCCACCGCUAAUUAACUCUAAUAGAAGAGAAACUCAAGCCCAAUGCUCCCCUUAG